CAACACAACAAGCUUACCUGAUCUAACAGACAACAAAACACAGAAAAGGAGUGAAUAUGCACAUUAUAAUAUCUAAGAGGAAGGUAAUUUAACCACAUUCACCUAUAAUUAAGGUUGCUAGAAAGUAUAACUAUAGUAGAUCUACUAGAUAAGAACCUCCUAACCUUAGCUUGUCGAGUUUCUAAUACCUACAACAGUCUCCACUAGUCUAUAGGGCUACUUUGCAUUAUGUCAUUUGGAUCAUUGGUUUUUCUGGCAUCAGCCAUUUGCUUAUCUUGCUGUAAGAGUGUGGAUUCUCAAAGAGUUAUUUCUACAUCCGCAAAUGAGUUUGUGGUUGGAUUCAUGCGAAACUAUGUGAAACCUAGCAACUAUCGCUAUUCUCUGCUUCGUCUGAACAAUACAUACCUAUUUGUCACCACUGAUGAGCCUGAGAGUAUUACGGUUACCAUAACAUUUGAUGGGAAGGAAACAGUUCACACUAUUUCCCCUCGGGGGGCAGAGUUGAUCUCUGCAGGUACCCUCCAACUACCGACAGGGGCUAGAGUACAGGGAGAUUGGGACAGGAACAAAGGGAUACGAGUCAAAGCUGAUGGGAGUAAUCAUUUCUCUCUGCAAUGUUUCAGCGAGGAGAUUCAUUCAGUCGAGGGUUACACAGCUCUUCCUUGUGUUCACUUGCCAUCAGUAGCUGAGUAUGUCUACUACGCCGUCUCUGUGCCCAGGUCUAGCACUGACCACUCAGAGAGUUAUCGAGCACCUCACAGUAUGUUCCUGAUAGUUGCUUGCGAAGAUAACACUAUAGUGACUCUCACACCUACACAAAGAAUAGAGAAUCCGUUUGAGAGGGGAUCAUUUGUUGAACCUGGUCAGAAUAUGACUGCAACUAUAAACGCUUUGGAAACACUGCAGAUAGAACACCUCGAGGAUUUAACUGGCUCUCGAAUAGUAACCAAUGCUCCAGUGACGUUUGUUUCUGGUCACGAAUGUGGCAAUAUGCCAUACAAUAUCAGGGAGUGUGAUCAUCUUGUUGAACAAUUUCCUCCCACUGCAACAUGGGGCAAAGAGUUUAUGGUGACAUCAUCGUCAGCUCGUACGGUGGGCGAUAUUGUGAUGAUAAUGAGCAGCAAAGAGAACACUGAUUUCAAUAUCUCAUGCGGUAUUGGAAUGUCUAUCAACUCAGGCAGGAUUACAAAAGCUGGGAGCACAGUCAACUUUACAAUUGAGAUAGAAAAUCCCUACUGUUACAUACAAGCUGAUGAGCCUGUUCUUGUAGUGCAGUUCACUCCUGGUCGAUAUGCAGAGAGCCUUUCUUCAGGAACUGGAGAUCCAUUCAUGCUAUUGGUCCCACCUACUAAUCAAUACUUGAACAAAGUUGUCUUUUCUUCUGCUCAGGGCUUUGAUUAUACGGCUCUUGUUUUUCAAAACUAUUUGAAUCUUUUCGUUCCCGAACCACCAGACAUUUUUAAUUCCAGCUCAAUUUCAGUCAAUGGAAAAGAAGUAAUGAACUGGUCGAAAGUUUACUGCCUCACUGAUGUUUGCGGCUAUACUGCUAGAGAAAGUACUCCAGAGCAGCAAGCAAUUGUUGUUGCUCACUCAAAUCCCGAGGGUAAAGUUGGCGUGACAUCUUAUGGGAUCUCGUUCUUGGAGACGUAUGCUUAUAUCGGUGGAAUGAAAAUAACUUUGAGUGAAGGUCCAUACAUUGUGGAGCCUGAGCAGACAUCAUUUGUUGUACUUCACUACACUUCUUUGUGUUUGUCUUGUGAUCUCUCUCAUUCGCUUGAUGCACCCGACAUAUCGUGGGAAUUCAAUAAGAGGAAUUUGAUAACUGAUCGUAACCUGGAACUACUUGACAAUGGAACUCUUUGUAUUAAUGCUGUAACUAGUCGUAACGGUGGCAACUACACAUGUCAUGCUGGUGAACACAUGCUCGUGUAUCAAGUCUCCACUACAGUUGGUAUAGUUGUUAAAGACCCUGUGUGUCUACCCACAAGUAAUGAAAAUGUGUUGAUUGGAAUCGGUGUCUCCAAAACCGAGUACAUCGAUCUCGACACCUCGGCAAUUGAGAUUUGCUGCCCUACCCAAGGCGAGGAAGAAAAUAUGCAAUGGCAUGCUGACAAUGUCAAAGUCUCAAACAGUACCAAGUAUGUCAUUGGAUCUAAUUUCCUUCGUGUCUCUGGGGAGUUUGUGGAUGGGUGUGUCACUUACACAUGCCAUGCAGAUUUUUCAUCAAAAAUCGUUCAACAAUCUACUGAAGUCUGUGCCGGAAGGAUCAGUCCUCCCAGCAAUGUGACUAUUGAAGGGCCUGUGGAAGUCAUGGAGGGGCAAACAUUUACUUUCACCUGUUCUGCAAGUGGUUUUCCCUCUCCUGAAAUCACGUGGUCAAGGUUUGGUGAGCUCCUGACUAGCAUGGCUGAGCAGCACAGCAAUGGAAUCCUGAUAGUUACUGGUCUCGGAGGGGACAACACAGAUCCAGAAUUCUGUUGUGAUGUUGGAAAUACUCAAGGAACAAGGAGCAAGUGCAUCAGCCUAACUGUUCUAGUUCCUCCAAAGAUACAACAACCACCCUCCAUCACAAACAUCAUUACUACAAACCAGGCCACAUUGCCGAAAAUUCCUCUACCUAUUUCUCCGUUGAGUGAAUUUCCUGCCCUCGGGCCAUGGAUAGCCCAUGCUGGACAAAUUAUCCUGAUCCACGUGAGCUUGAGUGUUCGCAUUGACUGUGAAAUAAGGAAAGGGUCUCCUCGACCUGACAUUUCUUGGUGGAGUGGUCAAGAGCGACUACAAAACAGCUCUAAAAUAGAGAUUUAUGGGAACGGCUCCUUGUUGAUUAAGAAUGCCGACAAGGACGUUGAUGGUGUGUACACAUGUAUUGCUGAAACUAGUGGACUGCCUCCGGACCAAAUAAACACAACGAUAUCCACUAUAGUUUCUCCGGAGAUAGAGAGAGCCCCUCCCCCUUACCACUCACCUGGUAGCUGCAAAGAUGCCACAAAAAAUGACACUGUUCAUCAACAAGUUGGGUUAGAUGUCUGCGUGCAAGCGAAAAAUACAACACAAAUCUAUAUGUCUUGUGAUAUUGCAAAGGGAGUUCCAAAGCCUAAUAUCACAUGGUACAAAGAUCACCAGAAGAUAAGCUCUAGGAACACAAAUUUGACAUUCUUUGAAAAUGGGACAAUACUGAUUGAAGGACCUCUUGUGCCUAUUGAAGCUAAAGUUAGUCAUCAAGUUGAUUACUCGGGUCUCUACACGUGUGUAGUCGUUAAUAUUGCUGGCAUCACCAAUUCUUCAAGUUACAUUCUUCCAUUUGGAGGAGUUUCUCAAGAUGUACUUGCCUAUCAUAUCCGUCCAAUUCACGUUGCACUCUACAAGGAUCUACACUCGACCAUUGCCGAGCAAUUUGAAGAACUCUCUUCUGGUGAACAGCACCUUACUUUGUCGACUAACGGCAGGAUAUUACAAUAUGAUGACUAUUAUCCAGGACGAAACUUUGAUGGUAGUAUGGACACGAUCUUGUAUGAUGUCAUGGAGAAAAACUUCAAACUGACUGAUAUUAUUCCCAAAGGAAAUUUAAUCGUUACUGAUCUGAGUAAUGCGAAAUCUUUAUCUGAAACGUACGAGUUUUUGGUACGUCAAUUAAGAGUGGUUCCUAUGAAUGUUGGGCCAAACGAAAUGCAAGAAGCUAGAUUGUAUCUUCAAGAGAAGGUUGAAGACUUGGGUAGUACUGACAGUAAUAGUACACGUCCCAGACUCAGUCUGUAUAUCCAGUACAAGACAAAAUAUUACGAGAAGAAACUGAGUAUUGAUAAUCAAAUUGAGGCGCAGAAGAAUUUUUUGUCUGGGUAUUAUUUUAGCGAGUGGUUCGAUAGACACUCGAGUUUAUUGAACGGACAAGUGGAAAAUGCCUACAUACAGUGGGUCAUGUAUGGAUAUAAGGAUGAGGUGGAGAAAUGGCUGAAAUUACUUCAACUACAAGAUACCGGAUCAUCACCUCUCGAUUAUAACGAGUCAUUGGAAGAAGCCAAAGCUUUGCUCAUUGCCUCUAAAGAGAGGUCGAAGUUCAAGGAGGACUCUGUAUAUAGACCUGUAAAGUUAGUGCCUGACUAUUGGUUCAGGAUACUCAAGAAUAGGGUUGAAGAGAGCGUGGAGCAGCUUCUGUAUCAUAUUGCAAACUUGCGGUCACAGAAAGAGGUCCUCGAGGUUUCUGUCAACUAUCUUCAGGAGGAGGAGAAGCGAUUGGAAUUUUGUAACCGACCGUCCAUUCAAUUCCCCAUCCCUAUCUCAUGCCCAAAGGACCCAUUGGAUGAUCCUAGUUCUGCUGUGAACCAGUUGAACCAUGUUCGCUAUUUUUUGGAGCAUGAAGUUGAGCGCUCGGAGAUGUUCCGAUAUCGUUGUCUAGUGACAAGAAAACCUAGUGAUUGUGACUUGUAUUCCUUGGAGCACGAUGCUGUUCUGCAUCUAAUGGACACUUAUGCUGACUUGUACUUUACCGUUCAGUUGGUCACUGCUGCGAGAGAUCAUAAAGACACCUCAAGCUUUGUAAUUUUUUAUACAAUUGAUUCGUUGGAGAAAAGAAUACAAUUUUUAGAGUCUUUGGUACAAGCACAACUUCUCAAAACUGCUGACAGGAAGAAAAAAGAAGAAAUUGAUGUAUUCAGAGCAUUCAAGAACCCCAUGAAUUUUGAUUUUCGUUCGGAUAGUAUUCAGGACAAUACAGAUUCAACGUUAAGUCUUCCUAAAGCUAUUAGAAAUCAAUUGUUGUGGCAUUUUGAGUACAGCAGUUUCAGAUCAAACUAUCAUGCCGAUGACUCGAAUGAAGAAUAUAAGUUGAUUGUGGACUAUCUUAACUCUCUCUACACCAAUGUCACAGCUGAUCUGGUGAAUGUGGACAUUAAGAGACGAUGGCAAAAACCGUUGCUAUUCGAUAACAAACACCUUCAGUUGAUAAAUCACUCCAUUUUGGUGUCGCCUGGCGUUACUUAUCCUCCUGAGAAGUUUAGAGACAGUCUGGCUAAUGAAACUUAUCUAUUUCCAAUUUACCCAUCAUCAAUGCUCCUAGCAACCAACAUAAAGCUUUCUCUACACACCCCGUUUCCGUACUUCAUUCUCCCUCCUCUUUUGAGGAUGUCUUAUGAUCGGCACCUGCACGGUGGAUUUGGACCGUUUGUUUUUGGACCAAACUUCAAAUCUGCAACUGGUAGUAUGAAGUUUAGUGUUUCUGUGAGGGAUAGCAAUGUAAUAAUUAGCCUAUCUGGAACCCAGCUGAUUGGUUACGUAUGCAACAUUGUUCCGCAGCAUCCAAAGGAACCUAGUGGAACUAGGAGGAGUAAAAGAUUCGUGAAGGAUGAUUUCUACGGUGAAGAAUUGCGUGAUAGUUCCAAUCGAUUUAAGCAGUGGCUCUCAUUACGGAACAAAGAUGAAGAUAGUAAAUUAGAUGCAAAAUUUACACUUGAGAAAGAAGGCGCUAUUAUUCCAUCAUCUACAUUGUCUACAUACAGCCUUGGUGAAGUGGAAACCUAUGACAAUUCGUCUAUAGAUCUUAGAGGCUUUAAGACUGACACUGUAAAUUGAUUAAUGUUUGUGCAUCAUCA